AUGGCCGCCGCCGACCGAUCCGCCAAAUGGCGACCCCAGAUUCACUUCUCACCACCCGCCAACUGGCUCAACGACCCAAACGGCCUCUUUGUUGAUUCGGACGGCGUCUGGCACAUGUACUACCAAUAUGCCGACAAUGUGCCGGGCUCCGGCGUGAAGAAUUGGGGUCACACAACGGCCACCGACUUUUACAACUGGGUCGACCACCCCGUUGCCAUCCCCGCCACGGCGCGCGAUGGUUCAAUCUGGUCGGGCAGCGUCGUUGUCGAUAAGGAGAACGUUUCCGGCCUGUUCCCUUCCAACCAGACCAGCGGCAAGGACAACAUUGUCGCUUACUACACGUCAUGGGAGCCCGACCAAGAGUCCCAGCAUCUUGCCUGGUCGUACGACGGCGGCGAAACCUUUAUUCAGUAUGAGGGCAACCCCAUUAUCUCACUGAACCGCCACGGCUUCCGCGACCCGAAGCCGUCCUUCCACCAUGAGUCAAACACCUGGGUCAUGGUCCUGUCGAUGGAGAACCAGGUGGCUUUCUACACCUCGUCGGACCUCGUCCACUGGACGCAGGUGUCCAUCUGGAACCCCGGGCACAACAUUGGUCUCAUCGAGUGCCCUCAGAUUCUCCAGAUUCCCACCAAGGAUAAGAGCGGUAAGAUUGUCGGCUCCAAGUGGGUUUUGACUCUGAGUUUGGGCGGCGGCUCGCCGACCGGUGGCGCCGAGGUGUCGUACCUUACCGGCUCCUGGGACGGCACCACCUACACGCCCGACGGGCCCGUUUCACGGAGAGGCGUUCAGGCAAGACAAGACAGCUUCGCGAUCCACGACUUUGACUUUGGCCCGGACAACUACGCCACCGCCUUUUUCCACCUCCAGGACGACAACGACGCAGGCCGUGAUGCGUACUCCGUCACGUGGGCCGUAGAUGCUACUUCGUACGGCUGCUGCACCCCGACAGACGGAGAAGGCUGGCGCCACUGCAUGGGCGGUGUCCGCCGCCACUGGCUCGACGCAACCACCAACAAGCUCGUCUCCGUCCCCGCGGGCGACCUGUCCAAGCUCGCCAGCACCACCGCCGGCUGGAACCCCAUUAUCGACGAGAAGGACGUCGCAGGCAUCGAGGGCACCAGCUCCGUCAUCCGCGAAUUCAACCCGGCCGUCGAGUGGACGCUGACCGUGCGCAUGGCCAAGUCCCUCCUCCAAGAGGGCUCCACCGCCUCCGCGGAGCUCUCCUUCCAGGGCUCCCAGUCCAACGGCUCCGAGAAGGUCUCGCUCGGCUUCCAGUUCACCGGCAGCGCCAACAGCGCCGCCCCCGUGGCGAGCCUUAACAUCGCCCGCGCCAGCAACGCCUGGGACCGGUCGGGCUCCUUCGGCAUCUCGGACGUCCAGGCGCUGGAGGCCGCCUCUGAGGAGGGGUCCAGCUCCAACGUCGAGUUCCACCUGCACGGCGUCAUCGACCGCUCCAUCCUGGAGGUCUACGUCAACGGCGGCGUCGAGGCCGGCACCAUGCUCUACUUCACCGAGAACCCGCUCGACAGCAUCAUCAUCACGCGGGGCGGCUCCAACUCAAAUGGCAUUACGUUUGACUUCAAAGCGACGGCGCUCAAGAGCUCGUGGGGCUCGUACGAGGAGAAGGCGUCCGCGCAGGACAAGUGGGUGACCGAGGAGUUGUAA